CAUGCAAUAUAACUCACUACACAUAUCUACCUAAGCACUAAUUGCAUAAGUCUCAUCAAGAAAAUGAAAAUCUUUCUUCUAGUCCUUUGCUUUGUGGUGGCCUUUUACAAUCUCUCACUCCCACAUCUCCUUUUCAUUUCUCUUGUGCCUCUCUUUCCCUUUUUUGUUAACAUAUGGUUAGUCCCCGGCGGGUUUGCAUGGAGAAAUCUUGAUUUGAACCCGACUAAGAUCCCCGGUCCGGUCGGUUGGCCUUUCCUAGGUAUCUUACCUAAAAUGGGCCCUCAUGCUCAUCGGAAGCUCGCCUCUAUAGCGAGUUCGAUGGGUGCAACUCGCCUUAUGGCGUUUAGCCUUGGCUCAACUCGGGUGGUGAUUACUAGUCACCCGGAGACUGCUAAGGAAAUCUUGUGUGGAAGUGUCUUUUCGGACCGUCCCAUAAAGGAAUCAGCUAGUUUGUUGAUGUUUGAGCGAGCCAUUGGGUUUGCACCUUCGGGGAUGUACUGGAGGCAUCUCAGGAGGAUUGCUGCAAACCAUAUGUUCUCUCCCAAAAGGGUUUCGAGCCUCGAGUGUCUUCGACAACGUGUGUGUGAUCAAAUGAUGGAAAAGGUGUCGAAUGAGAUGAGUGUGAGAGGGGUUGUGGAGUUAAGAGGGAUAUUACAAAAGGGUUCUUUGAGAAAUAUUAUAGAGAGUGUGUUUGGGAGUGGAUUAGGGUUAGAAAUAGAAGAAGAAUUAGGGUUUAUGGUGAAAGAAGGAUAUGAGUUGAUAAGUGAAUUUCAUUGGGGAGAUUACUUUCCAAUUAGGGUUUUAGACUUUACUGGACUCAAGAGGAGAUGUCACAAGUUGACUUUGAAAGUCAAAAGUCUUGUAGGUCAAAUUGUUGAGGAAAGAAAAAGAGACAGUACUAAAGGUACAAACAAUGGCCCAAAUGACUUUCUUAGUGUGUUGUUAUCUUUGCCUGAAGAGGAUCAACUCACUCAUGCUGAUAUGGUAGCUGUUCUGUGGGAGAUGAUAUUUCGGGGGACGGAUACAGUUGCCAUCCUUGUAGAAUGGAUCAUGGCAAGAAUGGUUUUGCACCAAGACAUUCAAGCAAAGGCUCAACAUGAAAUCGAGGAACUCGUAGGCGGACAUAGGGUGGUUCAAGACUCAGAUAUCCCAAAUCUUAGUUAUGUUCAAGCCAUAAUCAAAGAAGUCCUUAGGUUGCACCCUCCAGGGCCAUUACUUUCAUGGGCUCGCCUUUCGACUCAUGAUGUCCAAGUAGGCAAGUUCUUCGUCCCAGCUGGAACCACCGCUAUGGUUAACAUGUGGGCCAUCACACAUGACCCCUCCAUAUGGAAAAAUCCAUGGGACUUCAAGCCGGAAAGGUUCAUGGAAGAAGAUUUUCCAAUCUUGGGUUCGGACCUUAGGCUUGCACCAUUUGGUUCUGGGCGUAGGGUUUGCCCGGGGAAGUCGCUAGGGUUAGCCACAGUUAGCUUAUGGCUUGCACGACUUCUCCAACGAUACAAGUGGCUUCCAUCUACAAAGGUAGACCUCUCAGAGUGCCUCAAACUCUCUCUUGAGCUAAAAAGGCCAUUAACAUGUCAUGCAGUUGUGAGAUGAACGUGUUUUCUUUCAUCUACGGUAUGGUAUGAUUUUACAUGUUAUAUACUAUCAUAAGGAAAAAAAUUUCCUUCUUAUAGUAAAUAAGCUGCUGCAUAUUAAUUAUGUGCAGCACUGUGGCCACUAUAUAUUUAGCUUAAUUUUGCGCCUGAGGCGCAUCCCCAUAAUAUAUUUGUAUUGUAUGCCUUUAAUAACUAGAAGUUUGUUCCAAGUUAGAUGCUUUAUCAAUGUAACAAAUUAUAUGUCUACUUCCAGUGUUCGAUUGUAAUAUAUAAAUAGUUCUUCAUUC